ACAGCCAGAGAGGACCAUCUCAGGAUACAGAGAGGAUCUCAGACACCUGCCUCCACUUAGCCAAGCUUUCCACUCUCUACUCCACGCCAUCAAAGAAGGAGUCAUAAUGACAAGCAUGCACUCUCUCGCUGGACUUCUUAUUCUCAUCAUCAUCCAAAGCAGCUGGCAGAUUCCUCUGCUGGAGGGUGAGGGGAACUCCAGCUUGGAGACGCAGGAUACCCUGUUAGAAGAGCCAAAGGAGGUUCCCAACAUGAAGAGGCAUUCAGAGGGAACAUUCUCUAACGACUACAGCAAGUACUUGGAGAACAGAAGAGCUCAGGAUUUUGUACAAUGGUUGAUGAACGCCAAGAGAAGUGGCGGCCCUUCCAAGCGCCACGCCGAUGGGACGUUCACCAGCGACGUCAGCACCUAUCUCCAGGACCAGGCGGCCAAAGAAUUCGUGUCCUGGCUGAAAUCUGGACAAGCGAGAAGAGAACUUGAAGAGCCUCUGGGCACAGAGUCACUGCAGAGGAGACAUGUAGACGGGAGCUUCACCAGUGAUAUGAACAAGGUGCUAGAUAGCAUCGCUGCAAAGGAAUAUUUACAGUGGGUGAUGAACUCCAAACCCUCUGUGGCAAGCAACAAAAGAAAUGGAGAUCAAUAAGUGCUUCCUUGUUCAACCCAGUGAUUCUGUACCACAACUGAAAACCCUGCAGUCUAAGAAUCUUUAAAAGCCAUAUUGCUUAGCCAACCAAGAUGUUAUGAGGAUCGUAAGCCAUAUUUUUACUGUAUGCACUGUGACAUUGAAACAAAGGAUUAUUUAUUUUCCAAUCAUAAAUAUUGACUAAUGGAAAGACUAUUUUUCUAAAGAUAUAAAUUAUUUUCUAUGGUUGUUAUUUUAGAG